GUGAGUAUAUCCUUAAUAUCCGUCCGUCUGCAAUCCAGUACCCCUACCAUUGUUGUUCAAUUUUACAAAUCCAACGUUGUAAGAUCACUGUUGAUCAUGCCCCUCGCUAAUCUCGAUUCGCUGAACGCACCUUCCAACAUAAAUAUAUCUUCUCACAAAUUUGUGUUAUUCUCGCUCUCUGCUUUAUGCUGGGAAACGAUUUUGACAGAAAGCGCAACAUCGCAUAAAGCAGCAAUGAGUAAAGAAAGAUGGCUCCUUGAUCAACAGGUAGUUGAUGGGCUGAACGGUGCGUUUAUUUUUCGUAUUUGCUUGAAAAAUAUGCAGUUUCGCGAUCGUUCAUAGUUUCAUUCGUCGAUUAAUUCGUUUUGUUACGGUUUAAUGUUCACAAAUCGUGGAAUGUGUUCCGAUUCGGUUGGCAAAUUGGUGAAUCUUUUGUGUUUCGAUGUGGCUACAAGUGGAUUCUGUUUACGCCUCGGAAAAUGUUAGCAUUGCUGAGCGAAUUGCGUUUCUGGUCCACCAAGGAGGACAUCUCCAUCAAGGACACCGAUCUAGGAGCGAUCAAAUAUACCGAAAAGAAGUUGGAAAAUGCAAAAUCAAUAUAUUUGGACGGCAAGAAGCAGUACUUUGAGUCGCGGGGUUUUAAGUGGAAUGUGGAUAACAAAAAACCAAACAAACUGAGGAAUGCAUUGCGCUUGCUGGAAGAAGAAUUGCGCCAGAAGCGCAUCGUCUUCUGCAAAUGGAAAAAUAAUGUCAUCCUGCAGAUCAUGCUGUCCAACGGGUUGCUCAUACACGUCUCCAUCAACUCAUUCAAUGGUGAUAUCAAUCGAGUAUAUUUUGACAAGUAUUUCAUCGGUAAACUGCUUACCGAGCACAUCACGGAUGUUAUCAUUACUCGGACGCACAUUUUGAUCUCGUACAAUGAGAACCAAAUCACAUUCGUUCAUCUGCAGAAACCAACUGCGAAGAAAAAUAAUCUGGAAAAAAUCGGCCUUAUGGAUCCGAAAAUUUACAGUGUUAUAAUUGGUGGACCAACCGCUAGGAAAAUUCCGAAACAUCUCGUUUGUAGCAGUUCACAGGAUCUCGUAAUAGUGUGGACCAAAUCUUCCCAGAACGAGGUCUACCCGUGGCGGCCAACCGUCAAGGAUCAGGACCGAGCUAACCUGCACGUGUACAAGUUGAACGGAUCAAAGAUGGAACUAAUUUGCUACUAUUGGACCGAGUACGAUCCCAUUUCCGUGGACUUCUCACUGAUGAACGGCUUUCAAGUGCAUUCAGUCGAACAGAAGGUGUCCAAGAAGGGUGACGUUACCAUUGAUAGCUGUAUAUACCAGAUUCAUAAAACGAAAAUGCGCCGCGUUGCAGUAACUUCCAUUCCACUGCAAACACAGGUCUGUUGCAACUCCUUUAGUCCGGAUCACGAGAAACUGAUGCUGGGCUGCAUCGAUGGUUCGAUUGUGCUGUUUGAUGAAGGGCGAGGAAUCACACAUCUGGUGAAGGCGGCGUUUAUUCCGAUGUUCGUCUCAUGGCACAGUGAUUCCUCGGUUGUGAUGGUUGCCAACGAAAAGGGACAGUUUCAGUGCUUCGACAUCGCCCUGUCCUGUGUGCGUACCCAGUUGGUUAGCGAAGAUGUAGUACCUUCAAGUAUCCUGGAUCUGUCGAACUAUUUUGUCCACCCUUCCAAUCUUGCCAAGCUGUGCUGGAGCAAAAAGCCGGAGAUAACGGAACAUUGCGAAAAGUACGCCAUCACGGAUUCCUUCCUAAUGUUGGCGUUUGAAAAUGGGCCAAUCGGUUGCCUGCGGUUCGUCGGAAGUACUGGUUUGAAAGGGGAUGUGCAUACGUCCGGGUUAACAGCCGACGUAUUGAUCCACAAGUACAUUUCACUAAACCAGGUGGAAAAGGCAAUCAACAUCCUACUCAGUCUAAACUGGGACACGUACGGAGCGAUGUGUCUGUUGUCGCUGCAUCGAAUAGCAAACUAUAUUUUUAAGCAACCAUUGGGAAUGGAGAGAGAACUGCAGCUGCAGAAGGCUCUCGGAAGCUUCCUGGUACCUGUGAAACCGUUGUGUUAUGAGACUGAAGUAGAGUUUGGCGACCAGGUCAACGAUAUUACCCUACGAUUUUUUCACUAUCUGUUGAGAAAUAAAUCGUACAACAAGGCGUUUAGUCUGGCAAUCGAUAUCAACGAUGCCGAUUUGUUUCUGAAGCUUCACGACAAGGCGAAGAGCGACGGUGACGUGGAGUUAUCCAAAGAGGCACUGAAGAAAGUUGACGAUAUCAAUCGGAUAUGCACAGAUAGAAGCGACAGUGAACAUUCAUUGUGUUCGAAUUCCUCUUGUUCGCUAUGUGCGGAAAGUUUCGACGAGGAAGACGAUGACGACGAGGAAGAAGAAGAGGAAUCCGAGCAAGAAGUGUUGCAACGGUCACGCCCAGUUAAAAUUACCAGCCAAGAUGCUACUAGUUUCAAAUCAUGCUCCACGUCGUCCAGCUCUUCGAAAUCAUCACAGAUUCGAAACGGUAGUCCCAAGCAUCCUCCGCUUCCGAAGACGACCGAAAGUAGCAGUAGCAGUAGCGUAGCUACAAGAAUGUCAACCGCAAAAAUUCGUACGAAAUCGGAGCUAAGCAUCGACCGACCGCCGUUGCCAUAUGUGCCCAAGAAAGCACCAACAACGAUAAUGCAACGCAGUCAAACAGCAACUGCGUUGAAACUUUCAAAGCAGCAAAAAUCCCGAAUCUCAGAGACUAAAUUGAAAGGAAAGUCACUUAGUUCUAGCAAUCUACUUUCGCUCGCAGAUAGCACGUCUCCAUAUUUCGGUACGUCAAUUCAACGAGGGAACGUACGGGCUCGGUUGAACCCUCGUGAAAAAGCUGCAAAAUUGUAUUCCUCGGCGGCUAAUAGCCUGUCAAUGGAACAGCUGGACAUAUCUUCAAGAAUUCCGAGGCAACCGUUCUACGUAGACUUUGUAGACAAUCCAGCCGCUGUGCGACCUCCUCUCAACGGACAACAUGUGGUGAUAGACGUGAUCCCUAAGCCACUCGGCACACUUCAGUCCCCGAAUACACUGAAGUACCCGCCGACAAACAUACUAGAUCAGACGAUCGGUAUCCCCAUAGUACAAGACGAGCCGGAUUUUGCACGGCGCCCACGGAAACCUUGGUUUACCUCGCAGUCGUCCCAGUUUCGAAGUAUUCCUAACUGUUCUAACGCGAACAAUGCUCCUCGCACUGUGAUCCACCAAUACCCUCUGAUAUCCGGUAACAUUCCUUCCAAGUCACAGACCAAAUUUCACCAUCAGCAGCAGCUGGAUAUUAUCGACCGGACGCGGUUCUCCCGGCGAAAGGAACCGAUAACGGCUUCUAUUCUAUCCAACAGUACAAAUUCCUCCUCGUCUGCAAUAGCUGGACCAUCGACAGCAUGUUUUCCGCAACAGCCCGGAAGUUCCUCAUCGUCUUCAUCGGCAAAAAAGGAGACUGGGGAGAAAAACAAGGUAAAAUUUUCCGACACCGUAACAGUUGCCGUCGUGCCGGAAAUCCCGCGGAAAGACAAACUAGGCGAAAAAACACGCAAACCAACGUACAAUCCGCUGAUUGCCGACCCGAAACGGGAACUUGCCGAAAGUUUACCAUUGUGCCAUCCGAACGACGAUUAUCUGAAGGAUUUCACUCCUAUGCAAGAUAUCAUCGGUAAUAGCAACGAGCAGGAAAACAACGAGGAGAGUAAAAAGAUUCCCAACAUCAAAGUGGUGCAUUUUGGCGUUGUGUAGAAUAUAACCUGCCUACGUUUUUAGUGGGUCUACGUGAGAACUUGUCUAAGGUUUCGAAUAUGCAAUACAAACUUCUAUUCCGUCCAGUGAAGCUUAAUCAGUAUUUUAAAAUGUUUAUAUCUCUUUGUUGGAAAUGCAUAUUUUUUGUAAAUAUAUAAACCGUACUAUUUACUUUAAAG